AAUCCGUGGGAGGCUGGCAGUCACGCUGCGCGCUCUGUGAUUGGGACAUGAAUAAUGCAUGCAGGUGGGAGGACAGCCAGUUUCGGGUUUGACUGCAGUCGGCUGCGGUGCGUCACGCUUGGGAAUCGAAGGAAGAGGACAUGGUGAGGGACGGUUGUCCCCGCAGCCACCAAAAAUCAGAACCAGGCAUGGCUGGGACAUCGUUCCCAUACACCUUAAUCUGGAAAAGCAUCAUUUCCAGUCUGCAGACUCAAGUGGAGGUGAAGCACAGACGCCAUGCCCUGAAGUCGUACCACGACUGCUUCCUGGGGUCAGAGGCCGUGGACGUGGUGCUGACCCACAUCAACGAGAGUCGCUUCUUCGGCGAUGAGGCGGUGCCUCGCUACAAGGCGGUCCAUCUAUGUCGCGUCCUCAUGGACUCCAGGGUGUUUGAGCCUGUGGGCGUCAAAGGGUUCGGGAAGGAAAAGAAGAAAGGGAGGUUUGAGGACAGCAGUGGCAGUUUGUACAGAUUCUUGAGUCCAGAGAUCACCACCUCAUCGGCAGCGACUGACAACAAUUCCCCAACGGCAGCUACCAACGGAAGACGCCGUGGAAAACAAACCAAACAAAACCAGAACAAGAACAAUUAUACUCAGUCACAUGAAAGUGAAGAGAUACGGAUUUAUUCCACCCACUCCCCGGUGAGAAGAGGCAAAUUACUGGAGGACGUGUUGGAAAACCUGGACCUCAACUCCACCAUCACUCCUCAAAUGAUCCGGCUCGGCCUCUCUCAGGAGUGUCUGUGUGAAGUCUGGCACCAGCAGACUGUGUCCAGGCUGCUGCAGCUCAUUGAGCUCCCCCUGUUGGAGGACUUGUUGGACGGAGAGGCCCCGUCUCGAACUGCCCUGCAUGACACAGCCGGUGAUCCGGACCUGUCGUAUUCAUCAAGUUACCUGGACAGAGAGGUUCUGAAAGCCUUCAGUGAAGCACA